GCGGAGAACUUGAUGUCUGAAGUAUGCAGGCCGAUGAAUAUAAUGGAAAGACUGUGCUUGUCAUAAAUCAUACCCAUAUGGUUAGCUGUUCCUCUGGAGAUGAAUUAAACCUGGAUCCAGGAGCUAAAUUCUCUUCAGCAAAAGUGACAUUUCACAAGUCAAUAUGGAGCAAUCUAGUUGAAGGUGUUAUACAAUACUGUCGUGUUGUUUUUGAUAUAUUUUCUACAGAGAAGCCUAUAUCCAUAGUAACAUUUGAUGAUGAAGAAAAAAUUCAUUCCAUAUGGUUAAAUGAAGAUCAGAAUUUGGAUACAGUAAGUUGAUUCAUUGUAAGUUAAUGAUUUUUUUUUAUAAGAUUUGGAAUAUAUUCUCCCAUGAAGGUCCUCCGAAAAGCUCUACACCUAAUCUUGAUUUCAAAUCACUUCCUGGUUUGUCUUCAGCAUGUCAUCUGUUACAAAUGUUGACACCGCAUCAAAAGGAAAAUCAGUGUACUGAUAAUAAAGGUAGAGUGGUUGUCCUAAGUAUGUCUAUGAGUAAUCAGAUUAGUUCGUGGAUUCCAGAUAUUUUAGCCACUUUGGAGAAACCUGUUGAUGCACCAGAAUGUGUAGCUGUUACUUCAAGUGAAUGGAUAUUUAUUGAUCUAUUUCCAUCUUCAGAGUUUUCAAUGGAAGCGAACGAAGUAUAUCCGAAACGUAUUCAGCUGCCUGAUCAUCUAAGUUCAAAUGUUCAACAUCAUUUUUACUAUCAUAAACUUCAAGCUACCAGUCAAGAAUUAUAUCAAGGUUUAAUGCGUCUUGCAGAAUCUCACUACAAUCUAUCAAGUACACUUGUUCAAGAUAUUCCAAUGAAAGAAGAGGCUAAUGUUAAUUCUGGUAGUUCAAUGUAUGGUGUUGAACUUCUCCAUCGGACUGAAGUACAUGAUUUAUUAAAAUGUGCAGGAUUAUUUGAAAAAUUACUGAUACGUACACAAAGUGAAACUGAUAAGUCACCAUCACGUCCGAAUUCAGGCUUUUCAAGAACACUCGGUAUCAAAUGGGUUACACCUAAAACAUCAGAUGCAAAUUUCUUACGAUUCGCUGUUGCAACUUAUCGUGUUACAGUGGCUGAUGUUUGUCACAGAGCAUCUACUUGUUUAUCUCAGUUUGUGUUAAGCGGUCGGUCUGUUGCCUUGGCUCAUCGCAUAGAUUGUCCUUCUCGAGUUCUACCGAAGCAUAUUAAUAUCCUGUCGUCGUGUUCAACAGAUGAAGCUCUUCUACUCACUUGUCAUGGAUCUGUGAUGUAUAUACAUGUUUUAGCUACAAUAUUUCCAAUAUGUCAUCCUCAGAAUAUUCCUUUGAAGCCUGAUCUAAACUUACAAUCAAUGGAUUAUCGUACACAAGCCUUUAUUGAUCAUAUUUUAAGCCCGUCUCGUUUAGCUCCAGCCUCGGCUAGAUUGAAUUAUUCUGUACUUCCAAAAGAAAGAGCUCGUCAACAUAUUGAACGUCAAACAAGAUACUGGCCACUUAUGGAAUCACAAACCUUGUUGGGAAAGAAUAAGUUAGCAGGUCCGAUAUUUGAACACCUACCGAAAGAAUAUCUUGAACCGAAUGAAGUAUCUGCUUGUGAAGAAGCUGUAGUGAAUAUUUUAAAUUCAAUUAAACAGUAUGUCUGCUUGUCGGAUUCCAAGAAAACCGCUUCAAAACGAGGUCCUUCUGGAACUUUGCCUGUAGCACCGACACUACAAGCUGAAGCAAUCGCACUAGCUACUGAAUUCGAUUAUAUUCUCUCCUUGUACAGUGAUCUAUCAGCUGAACAUGAACAAAUACGGAAUUUUUGGAUACAAUCUAUAAGUUCAACAAAAAGUGAUGCAUCUAGUAGUAGUGGAUUAAAUCGUCCCAGUGGAAAUGAUUUCACCACAUUGAAUCUUACAGAAAUGAUACGUUUAGCAAGAACUGUUGUCUGUGAUCAAAUCGAUGCGAGUGAAUCAAGUAUUAUUCCACCUGCACUUAUUAAAACUAUGAAAAGUUUAACAGUUCUAUGUGAACGUCUCCGUGUAUGUACAGAUUCGAAAGGAGUUAGUCAAAUUCACCAUAGAUACUCCAGUGACCAGGCACCUAAAGUAAAGGUCAUGAUUGAACCCGCUGAUCGUUCAACAUUCAUCGAUUGCUUAAAAGCUUCAAAACGUCCACGCACAAAGAUGGAGAAAUUAGACUUUGUUGGUGUACUAACUGCCGAUUCAAAGGGUGUAUGCCAGUUGUAUAAAAAUUUAAAGGAUAAAGAGAAAUCUGUUACUUAGUGCUGA